UUCAACAGCAUUGCCUCAGAUGCACUCGGCAUCCUACAGCCUGUCCUGAUCUUCCUGUGAGCUGCCCCGGGGCCAGCAGCUUGUAAUCUGCUCUGUGGUCCCCCAGCGCAGACCAGAAGCCGCGUCUUGUGCCUCCCGAAACCCUCGUGCCUGUUGGAGCCGUUCUUUUCACACUGAGCGAGUGAAGAGGAAUUGCUGAACCUGGUAUCGACUAAAGCAUUAAUACGUCUGCUCUGUAAUGAUAAAACGAUGUCAUUAAAGGACAGCAAAAGUGUUUUCAAAAUCCGUGGAGAGCUUUUGCACACCCUGAAAAUAAGCAGUUCUACUCUUAGGAACGUACUCUGGAAACAUCCUGCCCCUGUGUCCUGGGAGCCGUGCGUGCACAGACCAGAAUUAUUCAUGAUGGCAAAAGUUUGGAGAUAGUUUAAGUGUCCAUUGGCAGGAGAGUGUGUAUAGAUUGUUACAUGCGAACAUAAAGCAGGUGGGCCACAGCUAGCCUUAUGGCGCGACGUGGAUGCACCUCAGGAACAUAGAUGGUGUGAAAUGACAGAAGCAACUCGUGGAAGACCACACAUUAUUUGGUUUUACGGCACUGAUGGUCAUGGCUUCUGGCUUCUCGGACCUGAGGCUCCAGCGGAGGACAUGACUCUCAGGGAUCCUACUCCAGAUCUGUUGCGGAGACUGAACCUUCGCAGGGCACGAACUCGCCCAGGACAGGAGAAUCUCUCUCUCUGAAGGGCUCUACGAUUGUCGCCAAGAAAAGUAACAAUGGCGACUUCGUCUAUCAGACGGCAAAUGAAAAACAUCGUGAACAAUUACUCGGAAGCGGAGAUAAAGGUCCGGGAAGCCACCUCCAAUGACCCGUGGGGCCCGUCCAGCUCCCUGAUGACGGAGAUCGCGGACCUGACCUACAACGUGGUGGCCUUCUCCGAGAUCAUGAGCAUGGUGUGGAAGCGGCUCAACGACCACGGCAAGAACUGGCGGCACGUGUACAAGGCGCUGACGCUGCUGGACUACCUCAUCAAGACGGGCUCCGAGCGGGUGGCCCAGCAGUGCCGCGAGAACAUCUUCGCCAUCCAGACCCUGAAGGACUUCCAGUACGUGGACCGCGAUGGCAAGGACCAGGGCAUCAACGUGCGCGAGAAGUCAAAGCAGCUGGUGGCCCUGCUCAAGGACGAGGAGCGGCUGAAGGCCGAGAGGGCCCAGGCUCUCAAAACCAAAGAGCGCAUGGCCCAGGUCGCCACCGGCAUGGGGAGCAACCAGAUCACCUUCGGCCGCGGCUCCAGCCAGCCCAACCUCUCCACCAGCUACUCGGAGCAGGAGUACGGCAAGGCGGGGGGCUCGCCCGCCUCCUACCAUGGCUCCACCUCCCCGAGGGUGUCCUCUGAGCUGGAGCAGGCCCGGCCCCAGACAAGUGGAGAAGAAGAGCUGCAGCUACAGCUGGCACUUGCCAUGAGCAGAGAGGUAGCGGAGCAGGAAGAGCGCCUCCGGCGGGGUGAUGACCUCAGAUUACAGAUGGCCCUAGAAGAGAGCCGAAGAGACACAGUUAAAGUUCCCAAAAAGAAAGAGCAUGGCUCCCACCCACAGCAGACCACUCUGUUGGAUUUAAUGGAUGCCCUCCCCAGCUCGGGCCCUGCUGCCCAGAAAGCAGAGCCUUGGGGCCGGUCAGCCUCAGCCAACCAGACGAACCCCUGGGGCGGGCCGGCAGCCCCAGCCAGCUCUUCAGACCCCUGGCCAUCGUUCGGUGCCAAGCCAGCUGCCCCCGUCGACCCGUGGGGAGUGCCCACCGGAGCCAGCAUACCCUCCGUCUCCAAGGGCUCGGACCCCUGGGCAGCCCCACAGCAGCAGGCCUCCAGUGCUGGGAAAACGGCCGACGCCUGGGCCGCAGCCUCGGCCACCAAGCCUGUUUCGGCCACUGGGGCCUUUGAUCUCUUCAGUAAUUUGAAUGGUACAAUUAAAGAUGACUUUUCUGAAUUUGACAACCUCCGAACUUCAAAAAAAACAGCUGAGGCGGUGGCCUCUCCACCGUCCCAAAACAACGGAACUACAAGCCCUGACCCCUUUGAGUCUCAGCCCCUGACCGCCGCCUCGAGCAAGCCCAGCAGCUCCCGGAAAACCCCCGAGUCCUUCCUGGGCCCCAACGCGGCCCUGGUGAACCUGGACUCGCUGGUGACCAGGCCAGCCCCGCCGGCCCAGUCCCUCAACCCGUUCCUGGCACCAGGUGCAGCCGCAGCCUCGGCCCCUGUCAACCCCUUCCAGGUGAACCAGCCCCAGCCGCUGACGCUGAACCAGCUGCGGGGGAGCCCAGUCCUGGGGACCAGCACGUCCUUUGGGCCGAGCCCGGGGGUGGAGCCCAUGGCUGUGGCCUCCAUGACCUCCACAGCCCCGCACCCAGUUCUGGGGGGCAGCGGUUCCUCCCUGACGCCACUGGGCCCCGCCACGAUGAACAUGGGGGGCAGUGUGGGCAUCCCCCCGUCGGCAGCUCAGGCCGCCGGCACAACCAACCCUUUCCUCCUCUAGUGCCCGGGCCUGGGACCCACCACAGAGCGAAUGCCCAGAGCACCUGUGCCUGAGGACGCCCAGCAGGGACUCGAUUGCAGAAGGGGGUGGGGGGUGGGUGUUAGGGCUUUCCACUUCCGGCUUCCUGAUAAAAGGGUUGCCUCUACGGCCCCGAUCCUCAGACUCGAGCGGCGGCCGGCCUGCUAGACGUCAGACCCGGCAUGUGGGUCUCCGCGCCUUCUGAGGCCGCCGCUCGCCCGUCCCUGGCCUGUAGCCCGACCCUGCCCUGUCGCCUCCCCGCAUCCCCCCCACCCCCCACCCCGAGCGUGAGGUCCCGGCUCCUGUGGAGAUUGGCCAGCUCUCUGGGGCCUUGGACGAGGGGGCGGGAGUUGUCCGGGUCGCCCUUGCCCUGAACCUCAGCCCGAGGGCCUCUGGGACGCUGCCUGGCCCGGGCCUUGGGACAGCCACCGUGUCUUUGCCCCUGACCUCCAGCCCUAGCAGGACCCAGGCAGUCCCAGGUGUGGACGGAAUGAAGCACCAGCUCCAUGAGACGCUCACCUUUUGGGGACGUGGUUGUGGAUAUUUUAUUUUCCUUUGACUCGUGUGUGAGUUCAAAGUAACCGCCACCACCGUGGAACAACUCGAAUUAAAUCCACUAGAGCAAGCUUUAAACUAAUCUGAGCAUAACCCCGCCACGUGGCUCUAUGCUUGUAUACGUUUGCACAUAUUUUGUUUAGUACAGUUUCAUAUUUGAGUUUGCAGAAUUAUCUAAUAGUCUUUUUUUGGCUAAUAUUUUUAUAACGUGGUUCUUAUUUAACUGUCUAGUUUUGAUAGAAUUUACCAGGUCUGGCUCAAUUAAGAUAUUGGCACGUGUCAUGUUAGUGGUUUACAUCCUCUUAUUUAUGGUUUUAACUCUAAGAAAAUUUAAAUAGGAAGAGACAAAAAAAAAAUGCCUUAUGGAAAAACUAAAGCAGAUUCUUUAUAGGGAAAAAUAUGGGAAUUUGAUUACACAUAAAAGAUGAUGUUUAUUUAAAAAAAACAAAACCUACAACAGCAACAACGACAACAUCCCAGCCUCCAGUUGCCUUUUCCUUUCUUUUCACUCCCUUUUUUUGGUGACUUCCCAAACUGAUUGAUGUGUAGCCUUUUGGGCUAGAUCCUGAGAGAGGCUAUUUUUCUUACCAAUACACCACCGUCGAGAAAGUUAAAGAAAAAAAAAAAAAUCCAACGUAUGAAUGUGACUCACCAGUUUGUAUCGGCUAAUUCCCUUUUGUAACGGAAGGCACGCGCAGAUCGACAAGGACUUCCGUUUGCAGUGGAAAUCUGAAACGGAAGCGGCGUCUUGAACCUUGUGUCUGUGAUCUCCUCUGUCUUAAUCCGCACUCAGGGUGAAGAUGGGGACGGCGUGGAGAUGGCGGGUGUCUGGGGGUGCCCGUGGCUCCCUGGGGACAGCCUCCGGGCCCAGAGGGGUGAGGGACCAGGGCUGGCCCUGACCCACCCGGCUGCGAACCCCAGACACACACAUUGCAGACUUAAAAAUAAUCAUCUCUUAUUUUGGAGAGGAGGGGGAAUAAAAAAAGUCCUUCUCACACAAUAGAUUUUUAACAAACGUGCACUAAUCUCACCCCCCCCCACCCCCUGCUUCCCCCCGCCCCCCCCACCACUGUAAGAAAAGUAUGAAGUCAUGAAAUAAAGACCAGAAAGGAUGCGCUUCUCCCCAGGGAAGGGACCCCACCCCCCACCCCCCAAUCCCGCGUCUGGUCAGCCUGCCUGGCGGGCGUUCCAGUCUUCCUUUCCGCCCUGGACUUUUUGACCCCGACCCCAAGGGCAGCGGACCCCGCCCCCGGCCAUCCUCCGCCCCUCGCUGGUUCCAGGAGGAGAUGUGACCCUGAGCACCGCCCUGAGAGCCGUAAGAUGCCUGGUGGCGAGCGGGCGGAGUCAGAAUUGCCUUCUCAGGCCACUGCUGUUUGCUAUUUUUACAAGCUCACCGUGCUGCUCCGAGAGGCCGUCCUCCGGCCCCAGGAGCCACCGCCAGAGCUCCUAACCGGCCACACCUCGGCCAGAGCCGGAGGCCUGGGGCUGGACCACGGGCCCCGGCGACGUCUGGCCUCUUCCGACCUGGGGAAGGGGCCUCUGCAGGCCGCUUCCCCAGGGAGGUGCUUUCACUCGUAUGGUGCGAGCCCGGACCCCGUCACAGGCCAGCAGACCAAACCUGACUACUUGGCCAGUGAUUCUUGGUCACAGUCAAGACCCCUUCCUGACGUGACUUUGAGGCCCCAACAUGGUAGCCACUGGGCCACCGAGGCCCCAGGAGACCCCCGUCCCUCCCCGCCUCCCGGCCCAGGCCCGUCCCAGGCGCCUCGUCCCUGUUGCCUGCUGCACUGAUCAUGAAGCCACCGGCCGCUGCCACACGUGUAACACACAGGCCAUCACGCCCCCUCCUGAUGGGCACCGUGGUAGGGGUGUCACCCAGCCCUUUUCUCAGUCCCAGGGGCCGGUGGCUGGUUUUGAACUUGUGUUGACUAUUGAUACUUAUUUACUGUACAAAUAUAAUUUAUCAUUUGUAUCAUGA